UUUCUGUGUUGCAGGACGUACAAAGAGGUCUUCCAGUGUGUGAUCCAGGAGCUCAUGGAGAGGCGAGGCAGUGAGAUCGACAUCCGUCCUCAUCACCGGGGGUCACUGGACAGCAAGACUAGAAGGAUGCUGAUGGAAGAGUUACAAGAACGAGGCGUCGAGAGAUACAGAGAGAUAUUUAUGCAAUAUAUAAAAUAUGGCCCAUGCAUCAAAAUUCAUUUCAAGUUGUCGGACCACCUGCCCCGGCCAGAAACCGAGAGCCUAGAGAAACGGUAUCCGGAGCCCAGAGAGCUGCUGGAGAUGGACCUGGGAUUCAAAGCUGAGCAGCUAAAGCUCUGCCAUCCCUUCCAGCCUGUGAGAAGAUACUACCAGGAUGGAAAGAGCUUCCUCCUCCUCCUCCCGGACGGAACGGGCCAAGUCUAUUACCCGUCCGGCCGCCUGGCCAUCCUCAUGACUUACGAGAGCGAGACCCAGUUCACCUACAGCGUCCUUCGUGACACCCAGGGCAGCGAAAUUCUGGCCUUCUUCACGAAUCAGGGCUACGCAGCACACGACCAGCCAAAGGGAAAGCUCAGGCUGAACCUGGGCCUUUGCAGGGGCUCCGUCUUUGACGAGAAAGGGCGGCGGCAGAAGUUCUGGAACUGGUGGGACACCGGGGUUCACGUCCACGCGCCUCCUUUCCAGCCCGUCUGCCUGCAGCUCAAUGUUUACAUCCAGGUUAAAAUUAAAGCCCAGGAUCAGGUUUUCCUCACGUUUACAAAGGCUCACGACUGCCUCCGCCUCAACGUUGGUGCCCGGCUGAGAUUGAAGGAUUCAAGGAUGCUUUGGGUUCUUCAGCGAUAUGGAACCACCAAGCACCUCGUGAGUCCUUCCUUGCUUGAGAAGAUCAGCAAUAUCUUGACCCACGUGAAGAAGCUACUCAAGAAACUCGAUUCUGAUCCCUCAAAAGAAGCUGCAGACCUGCGCCUUAUAUCGAAGGUGUAUGAGAGGAUGCACCGACGACACAGACAGAUACAGCCCAAGGAGAGAAAUUAA